AUGAGGAAAUAUAAACAGAAUCAAUGUUUAACCUAUCUUUUCAUACCAUGCUCUUGGGGAUUGCUUAAGGCCAUAUGGGGCUUUAUUAAGCUUGUAAACCAGGAUGAAGUCUUGAUUUUCAAAAUCAGGUGGUUGAGACAGGUAUACAUAUUCUUGAAAAGAGUCGUUAGAAAAAUCAUUAUCGUUAAGAAAAGACAUCCCACUUUUUUUUCAAGAGGCCGCUAUGUCACUUCACAACUUUCUCUAUAUGCAAACCAUGCUGCUAGACACGUGUGGAAUGGAGAGUACCGCGAGACUUUAAAAUGCAUCAACCAUGGUAUGAAGAUUUUGAAGCUGCAGCAGGCUGAAGAGCUAUGGUUUCAUGAUGUCAUGCAAUAA